AUGGGUGGAUCGAAGGCGUUGGAGGUUCCCCAAGUACGUGGCACUCUCCGCGAUGAGAGCUCCGGCCCUCGCCUGACCCCUGUCCUGCUGAUAAAAAUGAUCAACAAGUCUCGAGGGAAGAUACUCGGGGUGCUGGCGCUGUUUCUGGUGAUGGUUUGGUACUCAAUCUACCGGGAAGACAGGUACAUACAGCUCUUUUAUUUCCCUGUGCAAGAAAACAAGACAACGUGUCCCAUCGGGGAGGUGGAAAAGAAAGCGGCGCAGCUCAUUGAGAACUACACGAGGGACCACCCGCUCUUCUUGCAGCUGAAGGACUAUUUUUGGGUGAAGGCACCGGCACUGUACGAGCUGCCCUACGGCACCAAGGGAAGCGAAGACGUCCUCAUGCGCUUGUUGUCCGUCACCCACUACUCCCUGCCCGAGAGCAUCCAGAGCCUCAAGUGCCGGAGGUGUGCGGUGGUGGGCAACGGCCACCGGCUCCGCAACAGCUCCAUGGGGGAGACCAUCAACUCCUAUGAUGUUGUGAUCAGGUUGAACAAUGCUCCAGUCCAUGGUUAUGAGCAGGACGUGGGCUCCAAAACCACCAUGCGCCUCUUCUACCCGGAGUCAGCCCACUUCGACCCCCGGACGGAGAACAACCCCGACACGCUGCUGGUGCUGGUGCCCUUCAAGUCCAUGGAUUUCCAGUGGAUGGAGACCAUCCUCAAUGACAAGAAGAGGGUACGAAAAGGGUUUUGGAAACAGCCCCCAUUGAUCUGGGACGCCAACCCGGAGCAAGUGCGCAUCCUCAACCCAUACUACAUGGAAAUAACUGCUGCUAAACUGCUCAACCUCUCCAUGAAGCAACCACGGAAGAUCAAACAGAAGCCCACCACGGGGCUGCUGGCCAUCACCUUGGCACUGCACUUCUGUGACCUGGUGCACAUCGCAGGCUUUGGCUACCCAGAUUCGGCCAACAAGAAGCAAACCAUCCACUACUACGAACAGAUCACGCUCAAGUCCAUGGCUGCAUCAGGGCACAACGUGUCACGCGAGGCAGUGGCCAUCAAGCGGAUGCUGGAGCUGGGACUCGUCAAGAACCUCACCUACUUCUGA